AUGUUCACCAUGUGGAGUUGUUAUUAUCGGCCUUCUUAUAUAUGCAUUGACAAAGCAUGUCAAGUUUUCAAAACAGCUGUUGGAAGUGAGAGAUGGAAAGACUGGACAGACAGAACUCGUUUUAUUGUUGACACAUAUCAUUACAACAAUCACCGUGCCACAGAUGAAAUUUGCCGAAAAUGGUGUAAUCCUGCACCAAAUCUUGUGGGAGAAACAAUUGAUGAGGAUGGCAAUCUUAUUCAAUGGAGAGAAUUUAACACUCAAGUCUGUUAA